AUGACGCGGGCAGAAAAAAUCCGUUAUGAGAGACUACAGCUAGUAUGUCGUAAGGCACUUGAACAAUCCAUCAAAAAGUCCAUGUCUUUGGAGCACAUUAAGUCUUGUUAUCCAGAAAUUGCAAACUCCAAAGAAGGAUUAAAGCAUCUCGAAAACGCGCGCCAACAAAUGGUUGAUUUUUGGUUCACGAAUUCGUUGAGAGAGUUCAAUUUGAUUUUCAAAGACCGCGGGAUGGAGGCGAAGUUGAAUGAGUUGGAUGAAUUGAUACAGCAGUCGUAUAAGCGAUUGGAGAAAUAUAAUGAUAAACACGACGACGCAGAAAUUGACGUGGACGAUGAAGUAUUGGAGGAGGGACCUGUAUACUUGAACAAAUUAACGCCAGACCGGAUCAUGGAAGCAAAUAUAAUACACACCAAGGAAAACACACUCCGCAGUCUAAGUAUGAUACACGAUCAGCUAAGAUUAGACAACGAGGAGUUGUAUUCUCAAUUGAAAGCAGUUUCAGAUGGUAGUGAGGACAUUAAGAAGACCAUUUUGUCGGAGGUUGAGUUCUUCAAUGAAGGAAUAGCCAAGUUGAAGGAUGAAGAAGAUAUGGUGUUGAAGAAUUUGGAUACUUUGAUUGAGUCUGCGGAUGAGUACAUUGUCAAGGGAGCCUCUGUAUAG